AGCUGUCCCAAACAUGUCUUGCUUUGUGGCGGUUUACUGGUGAUAGUAAUGAAUUGAAAGUGUUUUUUUAAAUUUUUUUAAUGGAAAAAGAUAUGGGAAAUCAACGUAAAAUGACUGCACACGCAGUGUUUCUUUUAAGUUAAACAUCAUUUCCUGUAUUCUUCAUUCAUUCGUUUACCAUAGAAAUUAUUUAAAUACUUAAUAUGGCAUCCAAUUCUUCAUCUUCCUGUUCUGAACCUCUUUCGGAUAAUUGUCCUACUGUUUUGGUUUCAAAUGCUUUGAUGCAAUUGAUCAAAGAUCCAGAGGAGACAGAGAAAAAAACAACUCCACUUUCUCUCUUUGCUCACGUAACUACAAUGGAUGAACUGCUCAUGGAUGUGAAAAACUACAUUGUGAAACACAAGCUUUAUGAUCCUGCAAAUCCUCUUAAAAUAUUGGUACAUGAAGAUGAACUAGGUUCACUUCUAGGAAAAUCUGAAUUUUCACUGCUUGAUGUUAGGGACAUAUUAUUACAGAAAUUCGUUAUUCCUGUUACACAAAAGAAUUCUUCUGAAGUCAUCUCCUCGAUUAGUGACAAAAUGUCCUUGUCAAAAAAAAGAAAGUUGGACAAUACACCCUCCGAAUUUGCAGUAAAAAGAAUUAAAUGUUUUGAUGACACAAGCUGUGAAAGUGAUGAAAGCAUGCAUAGUUGCCAGGAUUAUGAGACAGAAUUUGUGAAAGACUCAACCAGUGAUGACAACUUCAGUGUUAAUGGUUUAAUUAUCGCUGAAACAUUUGAUGUUGAUGUGGAAUAUGAAAUUGAAACAAUGACUGAUAGCAAUGAAUUUUCAUGCGAGAGUGACAGUGAUAUUGAAGAGAUUGUCAAAUCUGCAAUCAUAACAUUUAUUGCACGCUCAUCAGAUUCUGACAUAGAGUAUUUAGCUGAUGGAUCAUCUGAUGAAACACAAUCGGAACAAGAAUUAUCUGAAGAAGACAAAUGGCGUUGUUUAUCUUGUUUUACACUCAACGAUCCUCUAAUGCGCUGUUGUGCUGUUUGUUGGCGAACUCGUGUUGGAUGGUUGUCUGAAAGAUCUGAGAGGCAAAAAAAUGAAAGAGAUAUAAAAAAGAGAGAGGGUAGACGGAGAGCACUUGCAAGAAGUAAAAGAAAACUUUCCAGAAAAUUUAAUAAAAAUAAGGCAUCAGAAAAUAAGGCUGAUGUUACCAUUCAUACAAUUGAGGGUCUAAGUAAGGAUAUAGAUUAUAAAAUCGAUGACAUUCCGCCAUGGUAUGUGAGUCUCAUUUUAAGCUUUCAGCAUUAUUUGAUGAUGCUAGGAGGCACCGUAUCUUAUCCAUAUUUAAUAUCCUCUCAUCUCUGCAUUCCGAAUGACGACGCAACUCGAGGUUAUCUAAUAUCGACAACCCUCUUUGUAUCAGGAAUAGGUACACUGCUUCAAACUACAGUCGGGACUAGAUUGCCCAUUGUUCAGGGGAGUUCAAUGGCUUUUCUGGUUCCUCUUCUAACAAUACUUCAUUUACCAGAAUGGAAAUGUCCUGAAAAGAACUCUAAUAUGUCUUUAACACCAGAUCAAACGGCUGAGAUAUGGAUGCCAAGGAUGAGGGAGGUUCAAGGAGCUAUCAUCGGAGCUUCUGUGUUUGAGAUGUUGAUUGGAAUGACAGGAAUGAUUGGACUUCUUUUGAACUGGAUAACACCUUUAGCUAUUGUGCCCACCAUAAGCCUCGUGACUCUGCCCCUCUUCGCAGAAGCGGCACACUCUGCUUCAGGGCAUUGGGGGAUUGCAGCUUUAACAAUAGGGCUCAUGAUAUUAUUUUCCCAGGGCUUACGAGAUUUUACUAUUCCAUAUUUCAAGUACAGUUCUAAAAAAGGAUGGACCACGGGACGAUUUCCUCUCUUCAAAUUAUUCCCUAUAUUAUUAACCCUUAUAUUGUCAUGGUCAUUAUGUGGUAUUUUCACUGCUGCCAAUAUCUUCCAAGAAGGUAAUCCUGCAAGAACUGACACGCUUUUAUCCGUCUUAGAUAACAGCCCAUGGAUUAGGUUGCCGUAUCCAGGUCAAUUUGGAUUGCCAACUUUCAGUGUUGCUGCUGUUUUGGGUGCUAUUGCAGGAUCUUUUGCAUCAAUAAUAGAAUCUGUAGGAGACUAUUAUGCAUGUGCUCGACUCUCCGGUGCUGAAGCACCACCGAAACACGCCAUAAAUAGAGGAAUUUUUGUUGAAGGUCUGUGCUGUAUGAUAGCUGGGUUCUUUGGAACAGCAUGCGGGCUCACAUCAUUCAGUGAAAAUAUUGGAGCCAUUGGAAUAACAAAAGUAGCUAGCAGAAGAGUGAUCCAGUAUGGAGGAUUGGUCAUGGUUCUUUUUGGAAUGUUCGGCAAAUUUGGAGGAAUUUUCGUUACUAUCCCCCAACCUAUCCUAGGAGGCUUAUUCUGCAUCAUGUUUUCUAUGGUCACCGCGAUUGGUUUAUCUUCACUCCAUUUUGUCGAUCUUAAUUCUUCCCGAAACCUGUUCGUGCUUGGAUUUUCUCUUUUUAUGGGGCUAUGCAUUCCUAGUUGGAUACAAUCAAAUCCAGGAGCGAUACAAACAGGUAAUAAGAUUGUGGACCAGAUUAUAACAAUUCUUCUCCGCACUAAUAUGCUCGUUGGAGGAUUCAUUGGCUUUUUACUAGACAAUAUUAUUCCAGGCACUGAUGAAGAAAGAGGCCUUUUAAAGUGGAAGAAACAAGCCAGAAAUGGUUCAAUCUCUUUAAAGUCUUAUGAAUUGCCAUACAUCAAAAAAUUUCUGGAAAGACGUUCUUUUUUCAGACAUUUACCUAUCAGUCCAUCUUAUGAAGAAGGCAGUAUGAAGAUUAAGUUCCUCUCCAUCAAGAGCUUACGAAAAAAUAAAACUACAAACUCAAUAGAAAUGAGUUGAAAUAGUGUAUUGAACUUUUAAAGAAAACGUUAAUACCACUUUUUUCUUCUUUAUGAAGAAAGAAUAGGAAUCUCAAAUAAAAGUUUUUUAAUUCUAUUUUUCUAAACCAUAGAAUAAAGCAGGCGUUUAUUUGUUAUAAUAAUUUCAUAUUAGAAAGAGCAGCUGACUUUGGACUGCAUAAACAUUUUUAGUGCACAGUA